GUGUUUGUUAUAUUUACGCAUCGUUUCUAAAUGUUAAAGGGCUUACCUAUUCAUAAAAAUGUUCAUAUUCAACAAACGAGGUUUUAUACUGUGUUCUGUCGAUUGUGAAGUUUUUCAUUCAUAUAUCUCGUAUGAAUUAAAAUAAGUUUGUAAUUACUGAGAAUAUAAUGAUCAAAGGUACACGCUGGCACGAACAUCGGGGAUUUGAUUCAGUAUAAAGCAUCCGAGAGCCUCAUAUGGAGACUACAUUGACGGCCGAUUACUAGAAUAAAUUUGUCGCCAGAGUAGACAUUAUAUGUGUUUAUUUACAAAUAAAGUUUUGCUCGAAGUUUGAAUUUGAUUAUCAAACACCGACCUAUAACGAGUGAUGUUCACAAUAAGGUGAAAUAUUUAUGAUAUCUAUUUGCAUGGAUUUGUGACAUUUUUUAGCGGAAAGAAUUUAAGUUGUGUACGGUAACCUUUUUUUCAAGGCCAGCAAGAAAAAAAAUAGUGAAAUCAAGAAGACUUUAAAGAAAACAGCAUGCUGACUUGCUCUUACAUAAUUUUUGGAAAAUGAAUCAUAUUAUUUAUUUAUACAGAUCUUAUACAGUGAGCACUGACUAUAUGUAUCUAUGAGCAACAUAAAAGUCGUAUCUGUGAUACCAGGAUUUUUAAAUAAAACGAACGUUCGAUAACUUUGACGGUCAAAUUGUGAAUCUUAAGAUUUGUUAAAGGGGUAGACGUCUGAUUGUGAGUAAUACAAACUUAUCAGGAUCGUUGACCCUUAUCAUUGUGCUGUCAGAAAGUUUAUUCACGCGGGUCUACAACAUCAUAUUUAAUUGUUCAAUGCACUUUAUCAAAUAACGGAACAACUCAAUGAUCUUACAACCAAAACACUUUGUGAAAAUGGUAUCGCCGUCUAGCAUUAAAAUGCUGGAUAUGGUUUACAAAUAGAUAAACUAAUUAGUUUAUUAAUGAUUUAAAUUUUCAAUGGAGAUUUUUUUAAUCUGAAUAUGUCGAUUCUUGAUUUGAUACAGAUGUAGCCUCCUGUCAAGGUACACCAUUAAGGAUGAAGACACUCUUAGUUACGUUAUGUAAUUUUCAUUUAUCAUUUAAAUUAAUAUACAUUAUUUUAAUAAUUCCUGCAACAUGUGAUACAAAUGAUGGACUACAUUUUCCGGAUCCCAGACAAGCGUCAUUUGUGGCAGACUUAGACCAAUAUGAGAUAUCUAUUCCAAGCAGAGUGAGCAGCAAUGGUAUACACAUAUCAUAUUCAUUAGAGCCUCAUUCUGGCCGUGAAAAACGGAGUCACCAAAGACAGAAAAAGCAAAAAGACAGCAUUCAUUAUAAAAUCAACAUUGAUAAAUCAGAUGUGAUUUUAAAACUUGAACCAAAUCAUAAAUUUAUAAGUCCGUCCCUUUUAAUAGAAAGAAGGACUAAUUCUUAUAAAAAUGUGACAGAUUCAGUGUUCAGACGGUAUGGGGACCGUUCAUUGUGUCAUUUUACGGGACAAAUUGUAGGAGACAGUUCCAGUAAAGUAGCAUUAGAAACAUGUAAUGGAUUGCGUGGAUUUGUACAUAGCAGUAGCGUAGCUUAUUUCUUAGAGCCAGUAUUAGGCCACAGUAAUACAAGUAAUGGACAUCCACAUAUUGUAUAUAAUUCUUCAUCGUUACCAUUUAAAUUCCAAAAUACUCGUGAUCAUUCUACUCAGGAAAAAAUCACAUUGCCCUGUGAUGCUAAAGAUAAUCAAGAUGAAAUCCAAAGGGAAAGGUGGGAACAACAUGGAAGGAAGAGACGUUCCACACGUAAACGUCGAUCAAUAUCAGUGGAACACAAUGUGGAGGCUAUGGUUGUGGUGGAUCCAAUGAUGAUGGAAUACUAUAAGAAUGAAGAUGUCACUAAUUAUGUUCUUACAAUCAUGAAUAUGGUAGUCAGUUUAUUCCAUGAUGCCUCUUUAGGGAAUGCUAUUAAUAUAGUUCUAGUCAGGCUGGUCCUGCUAGAGGAACAUCAGGAAGAUCUAGUCAUUAAUCAUCAUGCUGACAAAUCAUUGAGAAGUUUCUGUAAAUGGCAGAUGAACAUGAACUUUAAAGAUGAUGACCAUCCAAACCACCAUGAUAUAGCUAUACUGCUUACUAAGAAGGAUAUAUGUUCCCGUAUGAAUGAACCCUGUAGUACUUUAGGGUUAUCUAUGAUGUCAGGCAUGUGUCAGCCUCAUCGUAGCUGUAAUAUCAAUGAAGAUACAGGGCUGGCCAUGGCUUUUACCGUAGCUCAUGAACUUGGACACAACUUUGGAAUGAAGCAUGAUGGGAUUCAUAACAGCUGUGAAAUGAAAGACGAAGAUGAUUUUAUGUAUGUGAUGUCAUCUCAUCUCCUGGUCGCGUCACCAAACAUGAAGUGGUCAAAAUGCAGUAAAAAAGAAAUAACUAAAUUUGUAGAUCGUGGAUGGGGAUAUUGUUUGAAUGAUGACCCAGGAAAUUUAGGAGAGGAGUCAUUUAACUAUCCAGUAUUACCCCCUGGGACCAUGUAUGAUGCUGACCAUCAGUGUAGAUUAAUGUAUGGACCAGGUGCAGCGUUAUGUGAAGGCAUGAAACGUGAGGACAUAUGUAAUACUCUUUGGUGUAGAGUUAAUAAUAGAUGUUCUACUAGAUUAGAAGCCGCAGCAGAAGGGACCAUUUGCGGCAAAAACAAGUGGUGUUUUAAUGGGAAGUGUGUAGAGAUUGGUGAGAGACCAGAAGCCAUUAAUGGGAAUUGGGGAGAGUGGAGUAGUUGGUCUGAUUGUACACGGACAUGUGAUGCUGGUGUGUCUGCCAUAGAGAGACAUUGUGAUAAUCCACAACCAUCACAUGGAGGUAAAUACUGUAUUGGAGAAAGGAAAAGAUUCAGAAUCUGUAACACUGAGCCAUGUCCUGAAAAUGUUCCCAGUUUCCGCCAUGUACAGUGUGAAGAAUUUAAUUACAUUCCAUAUAAGAAUGGACUUUAUGAAUGGGAGGCUGUACCGACACCAAAUACCCCUUGCCAGUUACAUUGUAAACCCAAAGAUAAAUUCUUCUCUGUGAUGCUGAGAGAUACCGUUGUUGAUGGUACGCCAUGUACCCCUGGAAAAAAGAAUAUGUGUAUCAGUGGGAAAUGUAUGCAUGUUGGUUGUGAUUAUGUGAUUAAUUCCAAUGCCAAAGAGGACCAUUGUGGUGUGUGUAGAGGGGAUGGGACUACAUGUGAAACCAUUAAGGACCAAUAUAAUGAAACUCAGGGUUUAGGUUAUGUAGAAGCUGCUAUAAUACCAAAGAAUGCACGUAACCUUUUGGUAGAAGAAGUGGCAGAAGCUAAUAACUAUCUAGCCGUGCAGAAUGACAAAGGAGAAUACUAUCUUAAUGGUAAUUGGUUUAUACAGUGGAGUGGGGACUAUGAAAUAGCUGGGACCAUUUUAACAUAUCAAAGACAUAGAAACAAGGAGAUGUUCAAAGCUGCUGGACCACUGAAGGAACCAUUACAUAUCAUGCUAUUGCUCCAGGGCAGAAAUCCUGGUGUUAGAUUUGAAUAUACUGUACCCAAGGAGAACUUUACAGACAUGAGACCACCUGACUUUACCUGGCAGUACCAAGACUGGACACAUUGUACAUCUUCUUGUGGGGGAGGUACCCAAAGAUCAGAAGUUAUUUGUGUGGAGAAAGAAGCAGGAAUUGUAGAUGAUAUUUAUUGUAACUCAACAUCUAAUCCUGAUGAUAAACAAAGAGUUUGUAAUGCACAUCUCUGUCCAGCAAGAUGGUGGACAGGACCGUGGCAACAUUGCUCUGUCACAUGUGGUAAUGAUGGUAUCCAUCGUCGUACUGUAAUAUGUGUGAGGAGUCUCGGAAAAGACGAACAAAUAGCCCUAGAAGAUACUGCAUGUGAAGAACUAGAAAAACCAGCCGAGGCAGAGAGGUGUAGGGAAAAGGUUCCCUGUCCUGGGACCAGUGAAUGGGUGACUACUGAUUGGUCUUCUUGUGCUGAAAAUGUGUGUGGAAUAAGAACCAGAACUGUGACCUGUAUAGAUCUAUCUAUUGGAUGUGAUUCAGCAUCCAUGCCUACCUCCUGGUCCAAGUGUAGCAAUGUAUCUUGUGGAUACUGGGUCACUGAGGAAUGGGGAAAAUGUUCAAGUGAAUGUGAUAGUGGAACAAGAGUUAGAAAAGUGUCUUGUGUUAGUAGCCAGUUUUGUGAUCUUGACCUUGAGCCACCCAAUCAGGAGUCUUGUAAUACUCACACUUGUCCAACCACAACAACUGUUUCAACUACUACUACAAAGAUAACCACUACAUCAGCUACCACAACAUCAACUUCUGUUCCUACGACAACAAGAAAAGAAAUGGCGACAGCUGAUUUAUUCAAUAUUCAUGAAUAUUUACCAGAAGCUAAAGAAGUUUCAAAUUCAAAUGGAAUAUCAAAUGAAAAUGAAAAAUUAAAUAAAAAAGAUACUAUUUUAGAAGGCAAUACACAAGAAGAUUUAUUGAAUAAUAAUGAUGGAAAUGCUAAAUUAGAAGAAGUAAAUCUUGGCAAUGGGAAAAUAGUAGAAUUACAUGAAGGUGGAUUUGAAAAUGGAAUGGAAAGAGACAUGGAUAAUAUAUUCUCUGAAAUGCAUAUUUCUGGACCCAAGGACUUUAGUUUACAAUCUGAAUCUAGUGACAAUAAUAAUGAAUUACAAAAUAAAUCAACUGGUAUACCUGAAUCAGAGGUCAGUCAAAUGUCGACUGAUGACAAAAAUAUAAAGGAAGACCUUGAAGUUGUUCCUGACAUGUAUAAUGUGAUAGAGCUUGGUCAUGAUGAAAAUAAUGUUUCUAAAUCCCUUUCCAAAAAUGACCUUCAUAAUAACAAAACUAGUAAUGUUACUAAUGUAAUAGAUACUACAACUAACAAAACACAAGAAUUAACAAUUUCGAUCAAAGAAGGGGGUGGUGAUGAAAAAACAAACAUAACGAUCCCACAAGCUGUGGACGAGGAUAUCGUAGAUAUUCAGAGUCAGACGGGUAAUGAUAAACAUCAACAUAAACAUCAAAUUCAAGGGAUAGAAAAUAUAGGUCAAACAGAGGUCAAGGUUGAUAUAAAAGAACUUGGACCAGGAAGGAUUCCUGAUGGAAUGAGACGACCUUUACCUGACCUUAUCAGUGUGGACAGUCUUUUAGAUAAUUUACAUAUACUUACAAAAAGUAAUGGGGAAGAUGACCUGAAAUGGACAGUAGAUAGUUGGACUGAGUGUUCUCGUCUCUGUGGAUAUGGAGUACAAACACGCCAGGUGUGGUGUAAGAAUGAGACAUCAGGUGAUAUAAAAGAUGAAGAAGAUUGUGACAUUUUGACCAAACCAACGGCCAUUAAAUCUUGUAUCAUAGAGAAAUGUAGAGAUUGGAAAACUUCACCAUGGAAUCCGUGCUCUUCUACUUGUGGCUAUGCUGUACAGAAGAGAACUGUAACCUGUCCUGAUAAACAUCAGUGUGAUCCUGAUCAAAGACCAACAGACCUACAAAACUGUAAUGUCCCAGCAUGCCUUGCAUGGAUCCAAGGCCAGUGGAGCAAGUGUUCACAAACAUGUAAUGGUGGUCAGCAGAUACGGUUGGUUGAAUGUGUGAAUAUGACAUCACAAAGAAUUGCUGUUGGUUGUCCAGAACCUCUUAAACCAGCAGAAUCUCAAGACUGUAAUACAGACGCCUGUCCUAAUCAAGAUAGAGAGCUAAAGAAACACAAUUGUGACAGUAAUGUAAUGAGUUAUAAAGUAUGUCGGGCUUUACGGCGUAUGGGACAUUGUAACAAAAUGUUUGUCAAGGUCAAAUGUUGCAAAACCUGUGAAGAAAGAAAAUGGAGAGAAAAUCGUCCAAAAGGUGACCUAGAGAGAUAAUACCGGUGAACUUUUAUUUGUCCAACGUAAAAAGGCAAAGUUACGGUUAGGGGAUUGUAUUGGUUUUUAUAGUGAUGUAUCAUGAACUGUGAGGAAAGCUUUAGCUCUUGUAGAGAGUAAAUCAUAGAGUGUUUGCUUAAUAAUGUAAGCCAUUUAUACUCUUUUAACGAAGCAGGUUUGUUUACUGCAAGUUCAUUGUAUGGCAAAUUAUUUGUCAAGGUGUAUUUUUCUUGUGAUGAAAAGUUGUAAAUUUGUCAUGGUGAUAUUGCUGGUUUGAUAUGAAAAGUUAUAUUGGAAUAUGGUGGAUAAGUUGGGCAUUAGUAAUAAGAAUGAUACUGUUGAAUACCAGUACAAAAAUCAAGUUAUUUGAAUAAAAAACAGAAGAUCCAUUUUCUACAUCCAACAAAUAUUUAUAUGUAAAUAAAUAUCAUUUAAGCAUUUUUUUUAAAUUACGGUAACCAUAUUUAUAUAAUCACUACAUAUUUUCAUUUGUUCAAAAAUUUAUUAUGAAAUAAAAGUGAUGAAAUAAUUUAGGAUGAAAGUGUGUCUUAAUCACAAACCUUCUUAUGUAUGAAACAAAAUUAUAUUAUAACCAUAAAAUGACGAAGGCAUGUUCAGCUGGCUUUAAUAUAUAUAUUGUUUUAAAACAUUAAGUCAUUGCUGGUAAAUAUAAAUAUGGUUUAUCCUCAGAGCAUGGAAUUCUGAGGAAAAUGUGUGUUUUGACGAAAACAAUUUCCUUUUAGAGAUUCAACAUAAUACGGUUUCGUCCUAUAUGCCCAUUGCAAAAGGUAUCACAAAUAGAGCAAGAAUUGGUUAAUCUUUUUCAGCACCAUUUUUACCUUUUUUAAGAAGAGUGUCAUCUUGUUUCAUUAAAAGUUUUUUGCGGACUUAAAUAAAUGUAAGUCCGAUGAUCAUGGUCAUGUUGUGUAAAUCACUGAUAUCAUUAAUUGUCCAAUAUUAUAAAACAAAAGUUGUGACAUAAAGGCAUAAGUAUGACCUUUUGCACCUCUUUGAAAGUAGUGAGAGUGUCUGUAAAUGAAGUAGCACAUAUGUGGUUUAUAGAUUGCAAUGCAAUUUUGUUGAAGAGUUGCAGGUUGAUUUUUUAAUUCAAUUGGAAGGGAUUUUUCAAUUAGUCAUUUGGUUUAUUCCAGAUGAGUAUAAUCUUUAGGAAUUCAAAGAAAUAACACCA